AUGGUGCCCAGAAUCGGGGUGAUGCCAUUGGUUCCACGUCUGGGGAAGGCGAUUGUCUUUUUUCCCCUCUAUGGUUGGUUCCCAAUGAAAUUAAUAUCAUGGAAUUAUAGGGGUGUGGUCAAUGGCCGUGUUAAGAAGAAUGUCAAAGAGCUCUUAAGCACGUCCAAGGCUGAUGCACUCUGCCUCCUUGAGAUUCGUUCUCCCAAUGCUAAGGGAAUGAUUAACGUUGCCAAUAAUCUUGGGUAUACUAACCAUUUUAUUGUUGAGCCAAUUAGUUUUACAGGGGAUUUAUUACUUUUCUGGAAACAUAGUCUCCUUGACCUUGAGGUGAUAGCGCAUACUUCUCAAGCUAUUCACACAAGGGUUAAACAAGGAAUUGAUGUGAUUUUUGUCACCUUUGCCUAUGCCAGACUGAAUAUCUUGGCUAAAAAUAGAUUCUGGGAUAAUUGUAAAGUUGUUGGUGGCCUUAACGAUAUUGGCUCGGUGGAUGAGCAAUGGGGAAGCGACUCAGUCAAUAAUGCCAGCCUCCAAAGAUUUGUCAAUGCAUAUAGCAAUUGUGGUCUGAUUGAUCCCGGGUGUUCAGGUCUAAAAUUCACCUGGAGCCGGACAACGAGGAAUAGGGUGAUUCAAAUGCGUAGGUUUGACAGGGUUCUACGGAAUGUUGAUGCUCAGUUGGCAUUUCCGGAGCGUAAGGUGCUCGUGCUCCCGAGGUUAUGUUCUGAUCAUAAUCUAAUGGUCUUCAUGGAUGUGGCAGGUACACAUCCUAAUAAUAAUUUGCGUCCAAAAUGUUUUGAAGCAGCUUGGCUGACGAGGGAGGACUAUGGGACUAUUUCGAGUAAUGCUACUCGGUCACGGGACCGAAGCAUUGAAGAUGUUAUUUGGAAUCAAAAUGUCUUUGGAAAUAUUUUUAAAAAUAAACGACAUUUGGAAGCCAGAAUCCUAGGGAUCCAACAAACGGCUAACUACACGGCGUUUGCGAGCCUGCAAGCCUUGGAGAAAUGUCUCACUAAUGAACUUAGUGAAAUUCUAGACCAAGAGGAAGCCUUGUGGUUCCGGAAAUCUAGAAAGGACCGGAUUUGCGAUGGGGACUGCAAUACACGUUUCUACCACAAUACUACUAUGAUCAGAAGGAACAAGAAUCGCGUUUGA